AUGUCUGUGCCUGGGUUGUCAAUUUUCAUUUUCGUCUGUUACUAUUAUUGCUCCGUAGCCAUAAUCUCCGCCUCGCCCUUCAAACAUACCCAUCAUUCUUUGGCAGGCUCAGCGCAUCCUCAGGAAUACGUUCUGAAAGCCGACUUUGACAUCCACGCCCUACCAACAACACGUAGAUAUAAUCUGACCGUCACUGAAACGACGGCAGCCUUAGAUGGAUUCCUGAGACCGGUUCUGGCUAUCAAUGGACAAAUUCCUGGCCCCUUGAUCGAAGCCAAUGAGGGCGAUCGAUUGGAGAUCACAGUAAAUAACCAAAUGAACAUUUCGCUGACCAUGCAUUGGCAUGGUCUCUAUCAGGCUAGUGAAACUUUACUCUCAUCUUCUCUAUAUCCGGUUAUAGAGUCUACGAAGUAG